CCGCUUCCUGCGGGGCGGAGCGCAGCGCGCUCCCCGCGCUCCCCGCGCUCCCCGCGGCCGUUGCUCGCACCGCUCCCCGCCCUCCGCCGUUCGGUGCCGGGUAACGCUCCGUGCCCUCGGCCCGGCCCGGCCCGGCCCGGCCAUGUCCGGCCACAGCCCGGGGGUUCCCCGGCGCUUCCAGGAGCUGACCCUGUGCCGCGGUUACGGGUGAGCGCAGCCCCGGCGGGCGCGGCUCCGGGCCCCCACGGUGCACGAGCUGCCGAACUCCUUCCACACCAUGCCGCACAAGUUUUCGGAUCACCUGAGCAAGAGUGGCAUGUACAGGAACGACAGCCUGAACACGUCUCUGGAGAGAAGCCACUGCACUGGCUCUGACACCUUCAUCACCGCCUACGAGCACCUGGAUUUCCACCCCAGCUACAACCCCCGCGGCCCCUCGCACUGCAGGGACCAGCCGCCCUAACCGGGCUCUGUGCGUGCCCACAGCCAGCCCCACACUGAUUAGAUUAGAUUAGAUUAGAUUAGAUUAGAUUAGAUUAGAUU